GUCAGUUAACUUCAUCGGCUGUCAUGCCGAUGUCUUACGAGGAAAUAAUCCGCCAACUUAGUGAAGUGCAGAUGGAGCUAAAAAUUAGAUAUGAACAGGCGUCGAAGUUAGCGAUUGAUUGCGCAAAGCUACAGUUGGAGUAUCUGAAGCUCUACAAGCCGCAAUUGUUACAGAUACUAGAAGCUCUGCAGGACAUUUCUGCAUCCGCGGAUUCCGUCGAUCCGCCGAAUGAUGGCGAUGGUAUCGAAUCGCGCGAUAAUCAGGGUAACGAAGUCCUUCGCGCGGAUGAAGACGUAUCGAGGAAAUCUAUGAUGUAACGUCAAGACAAGUCCAGAGAUCGGAAUAGCUCUUCGUGAAAAUCCGAUAUUCAUAGAAAAACUCAUCGAACUUAAUAUCAAAACUCAUUGAAUUUAAAAUUGAACUAGAGAAUUAACCAGAAAGUAACAGUUAGAUUAUAAAAAGUGAUUAAAAAGGAAGAAAGGAAA